AUGGCACCCCGCGUUUUCCUCAUCACUGGCUGCUCCACUGGCUUUGGCGAAGAAUUCGUCAAGGUUGUUUUGCAAAAGGGUGACUACGUUGUCACUACCGCACGCAACUCUUCCAAGCUAUCUUUCGAGGGUGCCAACGAUUCGAACAGUCUGCUCGUGGAUCUUGACGUAACCAAGAAAGAAUCCAUCGACAAUGCGUUCGAUGCGGCUAUCAAGAAGUUCAAGAAGAUCGACGUGGUUUGCAACAACGCUGGAUACGGCCUGAACGGGCCCUUUGAGACCUUGUCGGAGAAGCAAAUCAGACAACAGAUGGAGAUCAACUUCUUUGGCCUCAUUGAUGUAACAAGAAAGGCCAUGGAGACUAUGCGAGAUUUGAAGUCUGGAGGUGUCAUCCAACAAGUGACGUCAAUCGGCGGUCAGAUUGGUGUUCCUAACUUCUCCAUCUACUGUGCCAGCAAAUGGGCCGUUGAAGGAUUCACAGAGGCCAUUUCGAAAGAAGUGAAGCCUGAGUGGGGAAUCAAGUUCACUUGCAUUGAGCCCGGUGGUUUCCGAACCGACUGGUCAGGCCGCAGUAUGGACUUCGGCGAGAUCUCGAACCCAGCAUACGCACACGUCGACCCCAAGAAGCAGGCUGAAGGGCGCCAUGGCUCUCAAGCAGGAGACCCGGCUAAGGCUGCCAAGGUGUUCUACGACUUGGCCGUCAUGGACGACCCGCCUAUCCGAUGCGUAGUUGGAACCGACGCGUACAGCCUUCUCAAUAAGAAGCUUGAAACCUACAACGAAAGUGUCAAGAAGUUUGAGAGUUGGAGUAACAGCACCGACGUCGAAGGCUACAAGGCGCCCAACUAG